AUGAAUGAAAAGAAUGCUGAAAGGAAGAGUGGGCAAAUAGUAUCAAGUUGUUGGCAUAUAUACAAAUUGAAGCUGUUUGGGCCAACCGCAGAAUUACCGAAAGAGCUCCACAACUAUCCAAACCUCGCCAAAUUACAACUGCGUAGGUAUGGUCUCAAGGAGGACCAAAUGGGAAUACUAGAGAAGAUACCAAACCUGACAACUCUGCGCCUCAUAAAUGAAGCUUUCGAGGAGAACACAAAGAUACUGGUUUUCUCCAAAGGAGGCUUUCCUUCUCUUGAAUUUCAUUUUGUUUAUGGCAUGCGCGAAAUAACAGAGUGGAGGGGAUUGACGACACUUCCAGAUGAGCUAAGAUAUCUUACUAAUCUCAGGGAAUUAACCAUUACAGGGAUGCCUAAAGAACUCCACAGAAGGAUUCAGGAAGAUGGAGAGGAUUUCUGUAAAAUUCAACAUGUACCUUCCCUUCUAAUUGGAGAAGCGUACUGA